AUGCCAACGUUCAAAGUCUUUGUGCACGACGAUUCUGUAUCCGUCGCUUGCUUCUCGGAAACAUGGCUAAAUAAUUCCAUUCCUGACCAAGCCGUUUCUAUACCUGGUUACCGUCUCGUACGGAACGAUCGGGCGUACAAAAGGGGUGGUGGAAUUGCCAUCUAUAUUCGUGAAAAUAUCCUUUCCAAAACGGUUUAUUCUACGAAUCUGACUGCUUCGUCGAUAUGCAAAACGGAAUGCCUGGCUGUGGAGCUUAAAAUAAGCGGUGCUGUAAUGUUGGUCGCCGCGAUCUACAACCCGCCGGACAAUGAUGUUUCAACUUUUAUGCAGUGUGAAUUGGCAACCUUAUUAUCAACUUAUGAGCAUUGCGUGCUUACCGGAGAUCUUAACACUGAUUGGUUACGAAGAAGUACCAGAAAAGAACGCCUAGAAGAAAUAUUCACAACGUAUACCAUGACUGUAUUAGGCACCGAGCCAACUCAUUUCUAUGAUGAUGGUUGCUCUCAACUGGACUUGCUUGUCACUAACCGACCAGAUGUAGUAACCACCUUUCAACAAGUGUCCGUGCCUGGCCUGUCUAAACACGAUCUCAUUUUCUGCUCGUGUAACAUCAACACGUGUGCUAUUGAUCAACAUUCCGUGGAAACCUACCGAGACUAUGUAAAUUUCGACCCAAAUUUACUGCGAGAUAGCAUCAAUGGAAUUUCUUGGGACAUCUUCCGCAAUAUUAACGACGUCAAUCAACUUACUGAAUACUUCAACAGUAGUAUUAUGUCCGUCCAUGACUCGUGUAUCCCACUACGGACUGUCCGACAUCGCCAGCAUUACAAUACUUGGUUUAAUGAUGCUAUACGUAAGGCAAUCGUAGAGAGAGACAUGGCUUAUAGUGACUGGAGGACUGCUCCCAUGGAAUAUAAGGAUGGAAAAAAGCAAAUAUAUACGCAGCUAAGAAAUAGGACAAAUGCUCUUGUUCGACGUGUCAAAUCGGAGCACAUCAAUCGAAAUAUUGUGGUUGCUGGCUCAACAAUGAACCUGUGGAAGAUGGUGAGAGGUCUUGGUAUUGGGAAGGUGCAAGAUCAAGAAGAUUGUUCUUUCGAUCCAAACAUGAUAAAUCAUCAUUUUGCCGGUCAAUUCACUAUCGACAAUGCUGACAGUUACGAAACCCGAAGACCACAACCUGUCGGUGGAUUCUCUUUCCAACAAAUUGCAGCGCACGAAGUGUUGAAUGCGUUUUGUGAAGUCAAGUCAAAUGCUGUUGGAACCGACGAGAUUCCCACCAAAUUUCUUAAAAUAAUUCUUCCACUCAUCAUCGAUCACAUUGUGCACCUCUACAACAUGAUCAUUAAGACAUUGACAUUCCCGGAGGCUUGGAAGUGCGCCAAAAUAAUCCCUCUGAGAAAGAAGAAACAUCUAAACUCUGUCGAAAACCUCCGCCCUAUCAGCUUGUUGAGUGUUUUGUCUAAGGUUUUGGAGAAGGUACUGAAGCAACAAAUCAGUACCUAUUUUACAUCGAUGAAUCUACUAAAUGAUGACCAAGCGGGUUUCCGGCGUGGUCAUGGUGUAAAAACUGCGUUGCUUCGUGUUUAUGACGAUAUUGCUGGACUGAUUGACAGAAAGGAUAAGGUGGCUUUACUGCUGAUUGAUUUCAGCAAAGCUUUCGACACAAUAUCUCAUUGUCGACUCUUGCAUAAGCUACAUGAGCGCUUCCAUUUCUCAUCAUCUGCUGUUGGCCUCAUGAAGUCGUAUUUGGCCGGGAGAACGCAAAUUUACCUGGAAAAGAGCUUCUGGAAACGGAUCAUCGUAGUAGCACACAGUGGGUGUGAACAUCUACAAGACACUUGGUCCGGAAGUAUUCGGGUGCCACUGCUGGCGUUCGAUGUGUCCUUUUUGGAGUAG